AUGGGAAGGUUUACAAGGUUGCAUCAAAUCCAUAGUCCGCUCUUAGUGUUGUUCUUUCAUUCCAUGUUCCAUUGUUCCCCGGGGUUGUCUUUUUCUAUUAAUCAGACUCUUCUGUGUUCACCAGAGCACCACUUGGCUUUGAUUCAAUUCAACAGCACAUUGUCCAUUGGUGACCCUCCCUCUGACUUCUUAUGUCACGGUACUUCUUAUCCCAAAACAAGGUCCUGGAAUGAAAAUACAGAUUGCUGCACAUUGGAGGGUGUCACUUGUGAUCAGGCAACCGGUCAGGUGAUUGGCCUGGACCUUAGUUGCUCUAAGCUUGCUGGCUCUCUUUCUCUCAACUCCACCCUUUUUCGCCUUCAAGGACUCCAACGACUCAACCUUGCUUUCAACAGUUUCAACGGUGAAUUGAUUCCGUCUGGGUUAAGUCAGUUAGUGAGUCUAACGCAUCUUAAUCUUUCCGGCAAUCACUUUUGCGGUUCAGUUCCAUCAGAUAUCUCUUUGCUAUCGAAACUGAUUUCACUCGAUAUUUCUCGACGCUUGAAAAUUGAUAGCCACAGUUUCGGUAUGCUUACACGUAACUUAUCAAAACUAGAAAAUCUUUUCCUCAGCGGUGUAAACAUGUCCGAUGUUGCGCCGACGUCGUUCAAAAACCUGUCUUCAUCUCUAAAGCGUUUGUCCCUCCCAGUUUGUCAUUUACACGGGGAAGUCCCUAGUGAAUUAUUCCAGCUUGAGUAUUUAGAGUAUCUUAAACUACACGGGAACUACCUGACAGGAUAUCUCCCAAUGUUCAAUAGGAGUAGUCCUCUCAUGUUCUUGGACCUUUGGGGCAAUGAUUUUAGAGGUUCAAUUCCUGAAUCUCUUGGAAACCUCACAAAACUCACCUAUUUAGAGUUUGGAGACAACAAUAUCCAAAGUAAAAUUCCAGAUGUUUUUGGAAACCUCAACAAACUUACUUAUCUGAGUCUCUGUCUUUGUAAUUUUAGUGGUCAACUUCCCUCAUCGUUGUUCAACCUCACACAGCUUACUUACUUAGAUUUAGCAUUGAAUAGCCUACAGGGUCCCCUCCCAAUUCAUGUAAGCGGCCUUCAGAAACUACAACAUUUGUAUUUAGGUGAUAACUUGUUCAGUGGUACAAUUCCAUCUUGGCUUUUCACUCAGCAAUCUGUAGACCUCCACAAUAACAGUUUCACCGCUAUUACCAAUCAGAGUCAAAAUUCUAAUCUAGUUGUCCAACGAGUAACUUUGGCUCAUAAUAACAUUCAUGGUGAAAUACCAAGUUUCUUCUUCGACCUCGUAAACCUUGUCAAUCUUGAUCUUUCGUCAAAUAAUUUUAGUGGUGUCAUAGAGUCGGAUGGAUUUUUAAGGCUUGAGAAUCUUACAACUCUUGAUCUUUCAAAGAAUAAUUUCAGUGGUGUCGUCAAGUUCGAUGUGUUUUCGAAGAUGAAGUCUCUUAUGGGGCUUGAUCUUUCAAAUAACAAGUUGUUGUCAUGGGGUAGCGAGAGUGUUGCUGUUAACUCUACUUUUCCAAAGCUCAAUACUUUAUCAUUGUCUUCUUGUAAUGGAAGGACAUUCCCGGAUUUCUUACGAUUGGCGGAAAGCUUGACUGAUCUCGAUCUUUCGUAUAACAAAAUUCAAGGUUCAAUCUUCAGGUGGGAAACACAAGGUUGGAAACAACUGAGCGUUUUAAAUCUUUCUCACAACUUAUUGACUGGCUUCGAGCAAUUUCCAGGGAAGAAUCUUCAAGUCCUUGAUCUUCGUUCCAACCUACUCCAAGGUCAUCUUCCAGCUCUUCCAUCAUCAUUGGAAGAAAUCUUUAUUCAAGACAACAAUUUGGCUGGAGAAAUCCCUGCUUCGAUUUGCAGUAUGACAUCACUUCAAAUUCUUGACUUGUCUAGAAAUCACUUGGGAGGAACUAUUCCAGCAUGUCUUGCAAAUUUUAGCAUUCACAUCUCAACCAUAAACCUACAAAUGAAUACCCUCAGAGGCAAAAUCCCAGAUUUUUGUGUUGGUCAGAACAUUUUGACAGCCCUUUCCCUUAACGACAACCAGUUGGAGGGGUUAUUGCCACGAUCCUUGAUGAAUUGCACUUUCUUGAGAAUUUUAAGUGUAGCAAAUAACAAGUUAAGUGAUACCUUUCCCCACUGGUUGAGUGUUCUUUCAGACCUGCAGGUUUUGAUCCUGCGAUUCAAUAGGUUUCAUGGUCCUCUGAACAUUUCCAAAGAUGUUAAAUCAUCCUUUUCAUCAUUACAAAUUAUUGAUCUCUCUCACAAUGAGUUUACUGGUCCCUUGCCUUCAACAUUUUUCCGAAAUCUGGUUGCUCUCAAGGAUGUACGAAGCAUAAUGCCUCCAUCCUUCAUGCCCCGUAGACUUCUAUUGGGUUCAUUUAAUGAAGAUGGUCAAAUUUCUGUGAAUAUAACGUGUAAAAGAUCAGAUAUGGGGCUGGAGCUAGCAAGAACGUUACUCAUUUUCACAGCCAUUGAUUUUUCGAGUAAUCGAUUCCAUGGAAAAAUCCCCGAGGAGAUCGGAGAACUUUAUGCGAUCCAAAUGCUCAACCUGUCUCACAACAGCUUCAGCGGACAUAUUCCACAGUCGUUGGGGAACUUAGUGCAACUUGAAUCAUUGGAUCUUUCGUCAAACAAGCUCAGUGGCAGGAUUCCUUCCCAAUUGGCAAACCUGACAUUUCUCGAAGUGUUGAAUUUUUCACAUAACAAUCUCGUGGGACCUAUCCCCUAUGGAAAGCAAUUCAGCACAUUUGAGAAUGAUUCGUAUCAGGGGAACUUGGGAUUAUGUGGCUUCCCCUUGACAAAGCAAUGCGGCAGCAGUGAGGGACCGAAAUCGCCUGCAAAAAGGAUCAGGAAAGACGAUGAAGGUUCUCGAAUAAGCUUUUUUCUGGAAACUUGUAAUGAUGGGAUAUGGAAGCGGAGUUGUGGUAGGAAUAAGCACAGCAUACAUAGUGUUCACCACUGGGAGGCCAUGGUGGCUUGUGAGAAGGGUUGA